AUGUUGCGAGAAGUGGCAGAGGAUCAAUCGCCAUCAGGUGAGGACGACGCGAGCGCGCUGCUGAGAGGCGACCUGCAGCCGGCCAAAGCCACCGUCGCCGGCAGGAGGUCCGAGCGCGUCCUCGAGAUGGCCGACGCAAGAUACACCGACGCAGGUGGGUCAGUCAGAAACACGCACUGAUGCAUGGCGUGGCUUUGAUUCAAUGAUCCGCGUGGCGCGGUUUGUUUGUCGAUAUGUGUCAGACGGCAAGUCAGCCCACCACCGCAGCCGAGUUCCCACAGAGGUGCCGUCGAGCGACCCGCACUCGCAGGAGGCGGACGAGUACGAGGUGGGGGGGGACCACAGGGGCGGCGACUGGAGUCGGGGGUACAGAAACACCCACUACCAGGCCAGCCAGCACCACACGGGCCACGAGGAGCACGUCCCCCUCAAUGCUCGUCUGGGCGGGCACUAUGACGUCGGACACGGCCAUGCCUACGGGCCGCCAGCCAAUAGCGCGGCGGCCAACUAUAAGACCCGAGUGCUCAUUUGGUACGUCCUUGUCUGUCUGUUGAGUGACUCACCUCACCGACACACUGACUGACUGACGCGCUGCUCUCUCUUUCCCUCUCUCUCUUUCCCUCUCUCUCCCUCUCUCUCUCUGUUUGCCUGCGUCGGUGCAGGUGCAUAACGGGGCUGUUUUUCUUUUUUCUGGCGCUGCUGGUGGUGGUAGUGGUGCUCAAGUCGCCCAACAACCUGGACGGCGCGCAGCUGCCGCACACGACGUCAUCCAACGAGCCUUACGCCUCGUUCGGCCGGGGGGGCUGGGGGAGGUACCCCUGCGUGACGCCCACGUGCACUGUGGCUGCUGGGAUUGCACUCAUGACCAUCAAUGAGACGGAGGACCCUUGCAACGUGAGAAAGAAAGAGAGGCAGGGGAGGGGAGAGGAGGGAGACGAAGACACUGCUGUCGGUUUGUGUGUGUGUGUGUGUGUGUGUGUAGGAUCCUUAUGAGUGGGCGUGUGGGCAUUGGCUGAAGACGUUCGAUUUGCCCCCUGACUAUGCCGCGUGGACCAAGUCGUUCACGAGUGUGUACAAGGAGAACCAGUAAGCACCACCCACCCACCCACCCACACACACACACGAGACCCCAGAUCGCAGUGAUCCAUCCAUCCCUCCAUUCCCCUGUCUGUUUGCUGCACACAGACACAUGCUCAAGGAUCUGUUAGAGUCCGGCCAGUGCAGCAGCAGCGGCACCACCACCAGCCCUUCGCACAGCCCCUCUCCCAGCGGCGGUGGCAAGACCAGCACGACGGUCAUCAAAGCCAAAAGCGCCGCCGCCACCCACUACGCGACUGACGGCUGGGACGGGAUGCUCCACUGCUACUACCAGGCCUGCAUGGACACCGACAAGCUUGACUCUCUCGGGGCGGCCCCCCUGCUGAACUUCCUCAGCAAGCAGCCCGAACUGGGGUUUCUGCUGCUGUGGCCGGGCGAGAUCGAGGCGGACGAGGGCAUGGUGAGAGGGAGAGAGGGGGAGGGGCAGGGGCUGAGUGUGCGGAUGGCGCACCUUCAUCGGUGGGGGGUGGAGGGGGUGCUGACAGCCGGGGUGACCUACAACAACCUCCACCCCUCGCACAACAACACCCUCGGCGUGGCGCAGGGCGGCCUGGGGCUCAGCUACUCCCACUACUUCCAGCCAGACAUCCUUGCUGCCUACACGCGCCACCUCGCCACCCUCUUCCGACUCUUCUUCGAGGCCCUCCCCUCCGCCCACAAUGCCUCCCUCCCCUCCCCCUUCUCUCUCCC